AUGCGAUGUCUUGGCAGACGCACAAUCUGGAACCUGCAAAUUCAACCUUCCGGAACGGAUCAACUACGCCCUCUCACAAUCGAAUCUUUGGCAGCCUAUGAGAUGAGCCUCUCACCCAGAUCACUCAUCGACGACGAUGAGAGUGAAGGUCUUACUGAGAGUGUACGAGCGCCGUACCCAAAGCAUAGGCACUUUGCGGCACACGAACGACUAACAAACAUGAAUUGUACGUUCCCGAAUGAGAGAACCUUUUCAACAGAGCUUGCCCCGCGACUCCGCGACGAGACUAUUGAAUUCGGGUGUGCGCUGGGCUUUGGAGUUUUUGGGACGAGCACUCACAAAGCGUCCAUGGGCCCCGACUCAUGCUCCAGGUCUUACCCUGGUUGCCCGACUUCAAGAUUGUCGGGCAACGGUCAUCAGAAAGUUGCUUUGCUCGCCAACGUUCAUCGAAUCAAGUGA